UGUUUUGAAGAUUUCAAAUUGUGUCAAGGCGUGAUGCGAGGCUGUUAAACUUUUAUCUUCUGGUGAGAAUUUUCUAGUACGCUUUUAAUACAUCUAAGCUCAGUGAACUAGAGUAGACGAGUGGCCCGAAGUGGCAGGAGGGUUAUCGAAGGCCCGAGACUGACGGACGGACGGUUAAGCUUUUUGAAGUCUUCAAAAUGGAGGAGGAGGAGGAGAAGUGGCAUGAAGGUCCAACUGUGGAAGAUGUCCUUUCCUCAGUGCUCAAGAGUAAGAGCAAGUUUGGGAAAAUCAAGUUAUCACUGCCUCCACGUCCACCACGGAGAACAACUCCUCAGGUCAAAGAUACAUCUGGGGAUGACCUGCCAAAGGCAAAAACAGAAGAACUUCAUUCUCUACUACAUGGGAAGGACAAGACAGGUUUUGAUGAAGGCAGCAGUGCUCAGGUGAAUACAGGAGAAUUAAAUUCAAAAGAAAUCUCUGGAAGAGUCUCACCCCAGAACAGAGAGAAGUUAAAUCCCAAUAACUAUGGUAGACACCAUUUAUCAGUGUCCUCAAGCAAAAUUUUGCGCUCUGUUUCUACCCCAGAAAUGAGGGACAAAUAUAUUUUCAAAGCUGCAACUGGAGUGACAACUGCAGAAAUGGUGAAGCCUGUUGCAAGUAGACAAAUGAACUUCUCUGAAAUGCCCCAGAGUAAACAUGCAAAUAAAGAAAAUACUAACCCAAUCUUCAGUUCUCAAACUCUGGAGGGAAAAUGUAGCAAUACUUUAGAAUCAGUGUUCAAGAACCAACAGAUAAAAUCAUCAGAAAGAGGUAUACAAAACACAAAAUACCAAAGUUUGCUUGCAGGAGAUUUUAAUCUGGGAGGAGCAAAAGCUGCUAACGAGUAUAGUUAUGAAGUUAGCAACACAGGAGACACAGUGAAGGCAUUGCUGGAAAGGGACAUUUUAUCUAAUACACCUCUUGUUUCUCAGAAGGAACAAAUGAAAAGUGAUCACUUCUUAAAAAGCAUUGAUACAAAAGUUGUUAAAAAUUCUGAUCACUUGAAUCUCUCACAGAAGUCUUUAUUUGCAAAAUGCAGUCAAACACCAAAUCAAAAAAACAUUCCACAGACCAGCUUGCCACUGUCUGCUUCACACUCAAAGGUUUCUCCGGAUCCUGCCAUUGGACAUGUGACACAGAGUUCAGCUCCAUCCCAAAAAGCUUAUUUAAUGUCAAGCAUAACAGGAACACCUAGACCAUUACCUUCUACAGGAUUUAGUGAAUUAUCUCAGAAGUCAGAAGCUCCGCAAAAUAAGGAAGUGCCAGUAGGUCCCCACAGGAAUGUAAGCAAUGAAGAGAUCAGCACACGUGCAGGAUCAGCGAAAGAUGGUACUGAUUCAGCGCAUCCAAAGCAUUCCUCAACAGUGCCACAUCAGAGUGGUGUUUCCCAGGUGCACCAUAAUGCAGCUCAGUCUGUACUGUCAUCUCAUUCCAGUACUGCUGAUGAGUACAGACAGUCAAAAAUAUCAAAAGUUCCACAGACCAGCCAACCAAUGCCUCAAGGAAUCACCACUAAGAAUAAAAGUCCCUCUGCCACUGUAGAGAUGAAGUCCAAAGAAACACCAGUCAUCAAUAGAACACAGCCUAGGCAGUUCCAGACUCCAUCAGGCCAGAUGCUCAGAGCAAUGCCUCCAACUCCCUCAAGCAAGCAAAAGCUGCAGCACAUGGAUCACAUUGUCGUCAAUAAUCAGGAAUAUCUGAAACUUGGGAUUGUUGGGCGAGGCGGAUCCAGCAAAGUGUAUGAGGUACUGGAUCUUGACACACGUAGAGUGAAGGCAAUUAAAGUUGUUGAACUUGAGGGUGUAGAUGAAGCCACUCUUCAUUCUUAUAAGAAUGAAAUAGACAUACUUCACAGACUGCAGUGGUCCGAUAAGGUUAUUCAGCUGUAUGACUUUGAACUUAGUGAUAUUUACCUGAAACUAGUUAUGGAAAAAGGAAACAGGGACCUGUCAUCUAUCUUGAAUAGUGCUCGAGGUAAAAAUGCCAAACCGAUCUCACCAUUUACAAUCCAACAUUACUGGCAGGGCAUGCUGUUGGCUGUACAGGCAAUCCACCAGGAAGGUAUCAUUCACUCGGAUCUUAAGCCUGCCAACUUUCUGCUUGUAAAUGAGACUGUAAAGCUGAUUGACUUUGGUAUUGCAUCCUCCAUUCAGCAAGACAUGACUAGUGUGAUCAAGGAUAGUCAGGCUGGAACCUUUAAUUAUAUGAGCCCAGAAUCUUUGUGGUUGGGCUGUCAGGCUCCAUUUAUCUAUGGUCGUUCUAGGGGGACCCGUCAACAGCAUAUAAGCAACCCCCUUCAAAAGCUGUCUGCAAUCUCUGAUCCUAAUACUAAAAUAAACUUCCCCGAAAUUGAGAAUAAACUCUUGUUAGAGGUGUUGCAGCUGUGCUUGCAAUUUGAUCAGCGAAAACGUCCUAGCAUCUCUGAGUUGUUAGAACACCCAUAUCUAACAGCCAAGCCAGGGGGAAAAGGGGAAAAUCCAGAAAGGGAAAACCCGGGCCCCCCAAAUUCCUUUCCCCAGCGCUGUCGCAGUCACCCCAAAUUAGCUUAA